AUGAAUUAUUUAGAGGGUAAAAUCGAUUUUCAUGGACAAAUUCGUUGUUCAAAAUACAUGAAUUAUGGGAUCUUAACAUCUGGUGUUGCAGCGUACAUAGCAGGAUGGUUGGCUCAUGACUCGUUCUUGAGCAUCAAGGUGUUUUUAAUUUUGAGCAUUAUUGCUGGAAUUAUUUGCAUUCCUGCAUGGCCCAUGUACAAUCGAAAGCCCCUGCAGUUUCAAAAGACUAAAAAUUGA